AUGCAAAUCCCUUGCCCAUCCGUCCCCGCUGAUGAAGAAGUCUGCGAGAACCCACCAAAAGAAAUCGGUGACGAAGAAUACGACCAAGUCAUCAUUCAAUCCAUGAUGGACGAAGCGAAUAGAGAUCAGAAGGGGUAUUGGAUCCGGUUGAUGGAAGAAGGAGAUGCUCAUCCAGCGCGAAAGCAAAUGGGAAAAGUAGACUUUCGUAACUUCCUGAACAUGCGCUACGAGAGAACCAGCCGAUCGAGCUGUAGCGAAAUUCAACGACUCAACCAGACUUAUGAUUGGCUCCGCGAGUUCCACUUUGGAUGGGAGAGAGAGAUCUUUGUCGUCUACACCCAUUUCGAUCAUCCGGCCUCGUUCGUCAUUGAGAAACUCUUCUUGGACCAUAUGAAUUUAUCAAUUUCUGAAUUUGAAGAUCAGACCAGCUACACAAGCAAGACGACUUCCCGUAACACCAAGUACAUCGAUUAUUACAAGCUGUCGCAGUUGAUGAAAGACUUUGUCCCGUUGGAUAUCAGUUUCUUCAGAUAA